AUGAGCUCAAACAUUUUAAUCACUGGCGCGGCUGUCCGAUCUGAUGAGCAAGCCAAGCUCCUAUCAGAGUCGGGCAUCAACGUGCUUCAGCUAGACCUCACAGACGAGAAGGCUGUCGUAGAGAGCCUCGUGAAACAUAACAUCAACAUCGUGAUCCACACUGCCAGCUCCCUGGACCGAACCUUGGCACUUAAUCUUCUUGCCGGGCUAGCUGAGCAGCAAAAGGCAAGCGGAAGUAAGGCUUACUUCAUACAUACCUCGGGAUUGAGUGCAUUCUGUCCGAAGACCGGUUGGCCACAAGGCGUCAUGAAAGAUUCCGGUCCAAUUUUCGAGACCGAGAAGCAAUUGGCGGAUUCCUUCUCUCUCCGGAAGACCGACGUUACCAUCACUGAAACUGCCAAAGCACUGGGGAUAACCAGCUUCAUAGUUGUACCCUCCACAGUUUACGGCAAAGGCAAAGGGCAAUGGAACCAACUCUCCGUGAUAUUCCCAAUAGCUGUACAAGCCAGCAUCAAACAGAAAUCCGUCUCCAAAUUCCCUGAGGAUGGAAACAUUGCAGGCGUACACAUCUCCGACUUGACAGAACUAUACGGACUGAUAGUCAAGAAGAUCCUUCAAGGAUCCGGAGAUACCAUUCCAAAUGGAACGCAUGGCCAUUAUUUCGCGAUCGCCCACGAAAUGGCAUGGUGGGAGACACUGGGCCGUCUCGCGGCUGCAAUGGAAGCUCGUGGGCUAGUGGCCAGCUCGGAGACACAGGUAUGGACCAGCGACGAAGCAGCUGCGGAGGCAACAGGCGUGCCAGAGAUCUUCGUUGAAAUAUUUUUCAACUCGAGCGCGAACAUUAUUGUGGACAAUGCUUUCAAAUUGGGGUGGAAGCCUACGUGGGAUAAGGCUCGCUUCUUUGAGAAUAUUGAUGAUGAGGUAGUAAGUGUGCUGGAGCUUGGAAAGGCUAAGAGCAGUCUUAUCGAUUCUCUAUUUUUGGCUGCUAAGAAUUAAGUGGGGAAGAGUAACUUCAUAAUACGGAGGAUAUACGAGAGGCCCGAGGUCUGUAGAUAGAUAAAUCGUG